AUGAAGCCGCAGACGAGGACGAGGAGGGGGGAGGGGGGAAUGGCAGGAGGAAUAAGAGAGAAAAGCUGCUGCUGCUGCCGCAUGCCGGCCCACCAAGCUCUGGCCGCGGGCAGGGAAGGGCAGGGAAGCCGGCCUGAUGAUGGUGGCGGACUGGGCGGAACAGCAAGGAGCGAGCGGGUUUCGGUCCAGCCCUCGCUAGCCACCGCUUCCUCCACGGAUAGAGUUCACGCAGAGGACAGAGAGGACGAGGGCGAGGACGAUGGCGGCUUGCUGCUUGUAUGUACCGGUACAUGGGAUGAGCAGUGCGGGACGGAGGCUGUAGCUACGGCCAUCGCAUUGUCUGAUUCUACUUGUGCAUGA